AUGGGUCAUACAGAAGGCCUUCGCCACGCUACACGCUAUCUUUUCGCUCGCAAAUUCCGCAAGCACGGAGCUCCAGCACCAUCAAUCACACUUCGUACUUUCCGUAUUGGUGACAUCGUUGACAUCAAGGUCAAUGGUGCUCUCCACUCUGGCAUGCCAAACCGCGUUUACCACGGUGCCACAGGUAUUGUCUGGAACGUUUCUCCACACGCUGUUGGUAUCCUUGUAAAGCGCCGCGUUAACAACCACAUCGCUCCAAAGAGAAUCUACGUUCGCACAGAGCACGUCUUCCCAUCCAAGUCCAAGAACGAUUUCGUUGCACGUUGCCAGGCUAACCUCAAGGCUCACGAAGAAGCCAAGAAGGCCGGAACAAAGAUUGCUCUUCCAAAGCGCCUUCCAGCUCAGCCACGCGCUUCCCACGUUGUUAAGCCAGAGCUCAUCCAGACAAUCACAGAUGCUCCAUUCCGCGAGAACUGGUAA